AUGGCGUCCAUGCAAGAAGGUCGACAUGAAGACACCGAGAGCUCCUUCACGCUGCCUGAGGCUGUCGUCUUCGAGAUCCUCACCCGAGCCCCACUCGAAGCCCUCCCUGCUUGCCGAUGGGUGUGCCGGCAAUGGCGUCAGAUCACCUACGAGCCUGCCUUCACCUCCCUCCAUUGCAGCCGAACCCAGACGAUAUCGGGUUACUUCAUCCAGAGCAUGCGGCACAACCACUACCACUCAAGCUUCGUCUCCAUCCAGCCAUUGCCGCCCUCGGUCCGACCUUUAUCCUUCGACUUCCUUCCCAGAGAUGUGAAGAUCGAAGCAGUGGGAUGUCGAGGUAUCGUGCUUUGCACCAGCCAGUGGUACGACGGCAUCCCCGGCCGGUAUUAUGUUUGCAAGCCAGCAACUCGACAAUGGUGGUGGAUACCAAAUCCAAAGACCAGGUAUCUCACUAAGAGGAUUGCCAUGGUGGCCUGCUCCACUGGACCGUUGGAGUACAAGAUUAUUCGGUUCUCGCAGGCAGAACAGAACUUCGACUGCUUGCGGUGUGAGAUCUUCGACUCGCGGUCUCAAGCUUGGAGGCUGUCGAGGGACGUCCAGCUGCCUUCAGGCUCACUCAGGCAGGAGGCAGCGGUGUCAGUCAAUGGAGCCCUCCAUUGGCUGACAUACGAGGGUAAUAUCUUUGCAUUUGAUAUCCACAAGGAGACCUGGAAAUUGAUUCCAUUGCCUGAAGAGGUUGGGGAAGAUGAGAUGAGGUGGGACUGCAGGAAAUUAGUGAAGUGUGAAGGCCAACUUUGCUUGGUGCUAGUUGAGAAACAGUGGAUGGAGAUUUGGGUCAUGGCCAACUACGAGGAGCAAAUAUGGGAGGAGAGAAAGGUGGUGAGCUUAGAAGCCAUCAAUUAUGACCCAGCUUUGACCAUCGAGGAUUUGUAUUUGUCUGAUGUUGCAUUUAUGGGUAGUUUCUUCAGGGUAACAUGGUAUGACCUUUCACGAGGGGUGCUCGCAAAUAUUUGCAUUGAUCAUCCAUUUGCUCAGGAAGUUUUCAAGUUCGAGUCUGAUCUGGUUCCACUGGAGUAG